AUGGGUCCGGCACCCUACCUGGUGUCUAGAUUCAAUGGGUCUGCAACAUAUCUAGAUGGGAAGAUCACCCUUCCUGUCACCAUCGGUAGAGACCGAGCAGCUCAGAACGUGAUGGCCGAAUUUUUGGUCAUGGACGUUCCAUCUGUCUACAAUGUGAUCAUGGGGAGACCCAUGAUUCAUCAGAUCCAAGGAGUGGUCUCAUUGUAUCAUCAAAUGAUGAUAUAUGUGUCUGACGAAAACCACUCCGAAAGAAUUCAAGGGAGCCAAGAGGUUGUCCGGAAGUGUAACUACCUCAAGCCAUCCAAAGUUCGUCGUGAUGACAAGGAUGAUGAGGAAAAAGAAAAAAAGCAAGACCGAAGCACCAAGAAGCAGAAAGACUUAAGUGCUUCGGCCCAUGGGACACCUACCUAA